AUGGGCAUAGACUUUGCCGGCAGUUUUGACCGCCGGCUACCCAAGAUCCCACAACAUUUAACAGCUCUGAUCAAUCUGGUGGAGCUUCCAUUGCCAAAGGUGGACGGCCAGCCUGAAGGCGCUGAGGCCACUGUCGAUAUCCUCCAAGGAAGCGACGAGUACGUGAAGAAAGCCUUCGAUCUCUUCUACCCUACCUUCAAGCAGUUCAUUAUCAAAGAAUCGCCGGACUGGAUAGUCCAUGACCCAAUCGAAGAUGGCCUAAGGAAAAUGUGGCCAUCACCAGAAAGCCUCGCGUCCCCGCCUGAGUGGUUUGAAUUCAAUUCGUCCAUUGCCGUUCCGUCCCAUGAGACUGCUGGCUUCUACCGUGGUAUUUUCAGCCCAGAUGCAUCGGGCUUCUCGAUUUUGGAUCGUUUGGUGCUAGGACUCCAAGGGUGUUCGGCAACGGCAAUUCAGAGUUGCAAUGAGUUCCAAGUGGGGUACUUGGGCUUACUCAAGAAAUUGCGCAAGAGACCGGUCAUUCCAGUUGGAUUACUUCCACCAACGCCACCAGAGAAGAGAGAAACGACCGACCCCAAGUGGGUAAAUACACUCAGAUGGCUCAAUAAACAGCUUACCAGAUCGGUGGUGUUCGUUUGCUUCAGGAGUGAGUGUAAAUUGAAAAGAGAUCAAGUGUUUGAGAUUGCCCAUGGCCUUCAACUAUCCAAUUUGCCAUUUCUAUGGGCCCUCAGAUGGGCAACCAACGACAUUGAUACCCUUCCGCUGGGAUUCGAGUGCCAGAUCGGCAGUCGUGGGGUCGUCUAUAUGGGUUGGGCCCCUCAGUUGGAGAUACUGGCCCACCCUUCCAUCGGCGGAUCUUUCUUUGACUCUGGGUGGGCGUCCACCAUCAAGACCGUCCAUUAUGGGCAUGCUCUAAUCGUCUUGCCGCUUGCGAACGUCCAUUCAUUGGAUGCGAGGAUGUUGGUAGACAAGGGUCUGGCUAUAAAAGUUGAGAUAAACGACGAUGGGUCCUUCCACAGCAAUGCGAUUCACUCAGUCGCUGAGGCUAGCCAUGGUCGAAGAGGAAGGAGAAAGGUUUAG